GAUUAACACGUCAAUUUUCCACAGCCAAUCGAAAAUCCUAAUUAUUUCAUUUCACUUCAAAAAUGGAUAAAUCUCUCCCAAUCAUCUUCAUCCAUAAAAUGAUUAAAAUCUCAUCUCUCCGCAGCUCACCUCAGCCAUCGCUUAAUUGAUUCAAUUCCUUUCUCAUUUUCAUGAAUUGAUUCUCCGAUUAAUGGCGGACGCGGCGAGAUCGGCGGGGACCGUGAAGUGGUUCAGCGGCCAGAAAGGCUUCGGAUUCGUCUCGCCGGACGCCGGCGGCGACGAUCUCUUCGUGCACCAGACCGAGAUCCGAUCCGAGGGUUUCCGCACGCUGCGCGAGGGCCAGCGGGUGGAAUUCGCCGUCGAUUGCCGCGACGACGGCCGGAGCAAAGCCGUCGACGUCGCGAUCGUCGCUAGGGAUCUGAAAUCCGGCGGCCGCGGACGCGGCAGAGGGAGAGGUAGGUUCGGUGAUGGAGUGGAGUGCUAUAACUGCGGGAGGAUCGGCCACUUGGCUAGGGAUUGCUAUGGCGACGGCGGCGGUGGAGGUGGAGAAUCUGGAGAUGGUGGUUACCGUGGCUAUGGACGCGGCGGCGACGAUGGGGGAGGAGAUAGUGGUUAUCGUGGCUAUGGACGCCGCGGGGGAGGCAGAGGUGGCGAUGGGGGAGAUGGUGGUUACCGUGGCUACGGACGCGGCGGUAGCGGAAGAGGUCGCGGCGGCGGUGGUGGAAGAGAGUGUUACAAUUGUGGCGAAGAAGGGCACUUUGCGAGGGAUUGCCAAAGUUGAUUUUGUUGCAAUUUUACUUUGAAUUUGGGUGGAAACUUACAUAAAUCUUUCAUUUGAUUUCGAUUUUAAUAAUUUCUUGUUGUACGGUUAUACCAAUGUAUUUUUUUAUCUCCAAUUUCUGAUUAUGUAUUCAACUUGUAUCAAAUUAUUGAUUUAAUACAAUUUUACAACCAAUCAAA